UCCCCUGGCGUUUCCUCUCCCUCCCUUUAUAUAUAUUCAAUCAACUCAUUUUUCUUCUUACUUUAAAUCAACGGUAUAUAUUGCUUAUUGGAUCAAUGAAAGGCGCUUCUUUUCCGACACACCAUAGGCAAUGGGCCUCAGACACCGUUCCCGCCACCUUCAGUUCAACGUCCUCGCCUGGGACUGAGGAGUUCGUGGAGGUCACUCUCGAUCUCCAAGACGAUGACACCAUCAUCCUCCGCAACAUGGAGCUGGCCUCCACUGCCAUCACCGUCGAUGAUGGAGCCUAUACUUCGGCAUCCACUUCACGAUCCCCGACCAUCAGGAAGAGCUCCUCCAAUACAUUGAGACAAUUUUCACAAGGACGAAAAGUCGAAGCCGUUGCUAAAGCCAAGCAGUUCUCGCAAGAGUUGAAAGCCGAGCUACGCAAGUUAUCAUGGGGACACGGACACGCAGCUCUGACUCUACCUGGAUCCGACUCUGCUACAGCGGCUCGAGCUUUAAGAAAGCAGCGAGCUCAACUCGACCGGAUUCGCUCCGGCGCUCAAAAAGCUCUUCGCGGAUUAAGAUUCAUAACCAACAAUGAAGCCAAUGCAUGGGAAGAAGUUGAAAACAAUUUCAACAAACUCGCUAAACACGGCUCUCUCUUUCGCUCCGAUUUCGCACAAUGCAUAGGAAUGAAGGACUCGAAGGAAUUUGCGCAGGAGAUGUUCGACGCAUUGAGUAGACGGAGGAGAUUAAAAGUUGAAAAAAUUAGCAAAGAUGAGCUUUACGAGUAUUGGUCUCAAAUCACUGACCAAAGUUUUGAUUCUCGCCUCCAGAUCUUCUUCGACAUGGUGGACAAAAAUGAAGAUGGUAGGAUCACUGAGGCUGAAGUAAAAGAGAUUCUGACGCUAAGUGCUUCGGCAAACAAGCUAUCGAGAUUGAAAGAGCAGGCGGAGGAAUAUGCAGCUCUGAUCAUGGAAGAGUUGGACCAUGAAAGAUUUGGAUAUAUCGAGCUAUGGCAAUUGGAGACACUUCUCUUGCAAAAGGACGCCUACCAGAGCUAUAGUCAAGCCCUAAGCUACACAAGCCAAGCCCUUAGCCAAAACUUACAAGGACUAACAAAUAAGAGCAGAGUCAGGAGAAUGAUUAAGAAACUUUUAUACUAUUUAGAAGAAAACUGGAAGAGGCUAUGGGUGGUGUCAUUAUGGAUUAUGAUUAUGAUAGGGCUCUUUACUUGGAAGUUCUUUCAAUACAAACAAAAGAAUUCUUUUCAGGUUAUGGGUUACUGUCUCCUCACAGCCAAGGGAGCAGCUGAGACCCUCAAGUUUAACAUGGCACUUAUCCUCUUACCCGUCUGCAGAAACACCAUUACUUGGCUCAGGUCCACCAAGCUGGGUCUUUUCCUGCCUUUUGACGACAAUAUCAACUUUCACAAGACAAUAGCUGCAGCCAUUGCUAUUGGAGUCAUUCUCCAUGCUGGUAACCAUCUUGCCUGUGAUUUUCCUAUGCUUAUCAAGUCCUCUAGUGAUCACUAUGAUCUACUAAUCAAUGACUUUGGAAGUCAUAAACCAACCUACUUAGACCUGGUAAAAGGGGCUGAAGGAGUGACUGGAAUUUUAAUGAUUAUCUGCAUGGCAAUUGCAUUUAUACUGGCAACAAGAUGGUUUAGGCGGAACCUGAUUAAGCUGCCCAAGCCCUUUGAUAGAAUCACUGGUUUCAAUGCUUUCUGGUACUCACAUCACCUGUUUAUCGUUGUCUACAUCUUGCUUGUCAUCCAUGGCGUAUUUCUUUAUCUUGUGCACGUAUGGUACCGUAAGACGACUUGGAUGUACCUAGCUGUUCCAAUUUUGUUGUAUGCUGGAGAAAGGACACUUAGAUUUUUCCGUUCUGGUUUCUAUACUGUCCGGCUUUCGAAGGUUGCAAUUUAUCCGGGAGGUGUUCUCGCACUACUAAUGUCUAAGCCGCCUCAAAUUCGGUACAAAAGUGGACAGUACAUGUUUGUCCAAUGCCCUGCUGUCUCUCCCUUUGAGUGGCAUCCAUUUUCCAUCACGUCUGCUCCUGGUGAUGACUACCUUAGUGUUCAUAUCCGCCAGCUAGGUGACUGGACGCAAGAGCUCAAACGGCUAUUCUCAGAGGUUUGUGAACCUCCUGUGUCUGGGAAAAGUGGGCUUCUCAGGGCUGAUGACACAACUAAGAAAGGCUUGCCAAAGCUCUUAAUAGAUGGGCCGUAUGGUGCCCCGGCACAAGAUUAUUGGAAGUAUGAUGUCCUAUUACUUGUGGGCCUUGGAAUUGGUGCAACACCAUUCAUUAGCAUCCUAAAAGAUCUGCUUCACAACAUUGUGAAAAUGGAGGAGCAGGCAGAUUUGGUGUCAGAUUCCAGUAGGACAUCAGAGCUGAGAAGUGGGAGCAAUGAUUCAGGCACUCCCAACAGAGUUCCACCAAAACGAAAGAAAACACUUAAGACGACCAAUGCUUACUUUUAUUGGGUAACCAGGGAGCAAGGCUCAUUUGAUUGGUUCAAAGGAGUCAUGAAUGAAGUUGCAGAACUUGAUCAAAGGGGUGUCAUUGAAAUGCACAACUAUUUGACUAGCGUGUACGAGGAAGGAGAUGCACGAUCAGCAUUCAUCACCAUGGUCCAAGCACUAAAUCAAGCCAAGAAUGGAGUUGACAUCGUUUCCGGCACGAGGGUGCGGACUCAUUUUGCAAGGCCUAAAUGGAAGAAAGUUCUCUCUAAGCUAAGUUCCAAGCACUGCAACGCGAGGAUAGGAGUGUUUUACUGCGGGUUACCCGUUUUGGCUAAACAACUCAGCAAACUCUGCUAUGAGUUCAACCAAAAAGGUUCCACUAAAUUUGAAUUCCAUAAGGAGCAUUUCUAACACUAUUAUCAUCCUUCACCAUUCAUAGUCCUAAUAAAUUGCAAUAAUAAGGCAAGACACUCAUCAAAUAGAAAAAAGAGAGAAAAAGAAAAGAUUAAAUAUAUAUAUUUUUUUAGGUAUAUCUUUAAUACCAAAAAGACAAAAAAAAAAGUUUACUGUGGUUUUGGAAAAUGGGUUGGACCUCUUCAUUUCCAAGAAUAGCCUUGUAGAAUAUCCCUGCUGAGCUGAUAGAAGAUUUCAAGCUGAAGGCUACUACAUAUUAAAUGAUGAGUUCUUUCCAUUAAGGAUUAGAUUGUAAAUUAUGUUCACCCGUUUUGGUAAUUUUGUCUUAAUACAUAUUCCAAAGAAGAUUUAUUAUUAUUAUUUAAAUUGUCUUGUAUAUGUAAAGAGUAUGCUACAAUAUGGUAUAAUCUCGAUCGUUUUCUCUUCAUAUAUUUCCAUUUCCCAUCAAAUAAUAAGGGAAUUUCAUAACUCAUGUAAAAUUCAUCAUUUGCAUAAUACAUAUUCGCUUCAACUA